CAAUGCACCUGCUGUCAAUCAAAGCUGAAUGGCAGGGAUGCCAGAUUUCAUAUCCAUAAUGUAAACAAAGGCAGUCACCUGCUGCUGCUGUAUAAAUUAUCCUCAGGCCAGGGGUGGACUGACAACUCAUGGGGCCCCCGGGGAUUAGGAGAUCAUGGGGCCCCUGUGUCCUUGCCCAAACUCAAAAAAGCCUAUGAAAAAGGUACCAGGGGCAUCUCAUGGGGCCCCCUACUGACCCCAGGCCCUCGGGCAAUGCCCAUGUUUCCAAAUGGUCAGUCCGCCCCUGCCUCAGGCUAAUGUAUGCAAGGAUUGGGAGUUUGAUUGAGAAGCCAAUGA